UGCUGAUUGCUUCCUCUCCUAUGGGAUACAGUGUUACAUUUAAAACGAUAGAUCAACGUUGUGAAAGAACCAGACGCAGAUUUACAGACCUUUCCUUUAGGAGUCGCACUUAUGAUGCUCAAGCCUUGGACACACAAUAGAACCAUCUCACUAUCAGAGACAGGGAUUCAGUUGCCCAAAAUGAGAUUUGUAAAAGCUCGUCCUAGUUUGCCAUUGAUGUUUGCCAUCUGCUGCCUGAGUACUCUGCAUCUCUCCUUAGGAUUACCUCAGUCAGUGCCACAUUAUAUGGAAGGUCUGGAUAUUCCUGAAAGUGAGACCCUAGCAUUCUGCUACAGACAACAAAUAGCACUUCCAGAUCAACUUCAGAUUUCUACUUUUCUCAUGGAUCUUUGUAGUUUGAUCUACAAUAGAAUCUACAAUAGAAUGAAAUUUAAAGAGGAAAAUAUCCAAGAUACAAACAAGAGAUUUUUGUUUCAGUAUUCCAGACCUCAAACCCCCACCAUUAAAACUGGGGAGAAUUCUGCUACUGUUGCAAGACCUUUUUUCCUUUUUAGGCCUAGAAAUGGAAGAAAGGUUUCCAUAGAUGAACAUUAACUUAACAAAAAGUAUUCAUGGAUUACAUAUGGGAUGAAUGAGGACACAAAAGCUUUACACCACAAACGUGAUUUUAUAGACACAAUGUGUUGUACUUGAACAGAAAAUCUUGUUAAAAACAAUAAAUUGAAGGCAUUUUUUCCUGUUUAAAAACGAAGAAUAACUUUCAAGCAAUUUAUUGCUUUGUAAUUUUGGUGCAAACAUUUUUGAAAUUAAAAGGAUUUACCCAGAUGUGUUUGAAAUACAUUUAGCAGUAACACGCAAGCAGACACAGACUUACAAAAAGCCAGAGUGAUUGGGAUAAAUUCCUGGAUCUCUGUAUUAUAUGUAUAGAAAAGUUUAUUUCUACCAUGAGACGGGUUCUUCAGAAG